AUGAACGCGGCCGGCUUCCCCUGCCUGCGAGGCAUGUGCACGCUGCCGGCGCCCAGCCCCGCCGCCGCGGCCAGCCCCGGCUCCCCCGGGCCGCCCCGGGGGUCUCCGCAGGCGCCGCCGGUGAAGCCGGAGCCGCGGGGCGGAGGGGGCAGCCCUGCCCCGCCGCCGCCGCCCCCCGAGGAGCCGCCGCCCCCCGCCGGGGGCCGCCGGAGGAAGCGGCCGGUGCAGCGGGGCAAACCCCCGUACUCCUACAUCGCCCUCAUCGCCAUGGCCAUCGCCAACGCCGCCGAGAGGAAGCUCACCUUGGGGGGCAUCUACAAGUUCAUCACCGAGCGCUUCCCCUUCUACCGGGAGAACCCAAAGAAGUGGCAGAACAGCAUCCGCCACAACCUCACCCUCAACGACUGCUUCGUCAAGAUCCCCCGGGAGCCCGGACAUCCCGGCAAGGGCAACUACUGGACACUGGACCCGGCUGCAGAGGACAUGUUUGACAACGGGAGCUUCCUGCGCCGGAGGAAGCGCUUCAAGCGCACCGACAUCACCACCUACCCCGGCUACAUGCAGAACUCCAGCGCCUUCACGCCCCCGCCCGCUGGCCGCCCCGCAGCACCGGCAGCACCCUACCCCAAUGCCCUCUGCUCGCCUGGCUACGGCCCCCAGCUCUCCAGCACUGUCUUCCACCCCUAUGCAGCCGGGGCAGCACCGCCGGCACAGCAUCCCAGGAUGUUCAGCAUCGACAGUCUCAUCAGCGGGCAGCAGGCCCUGCAGCCCUCACCGCCCUCCGAGCUGGGCCACCCAUCCCUGGGUUUGCCUGGAGCUGAGUUGGCUCCCGCCUGCUCCGCCAGCAGCUCCGAGCCUUCCUGCUUCCAGGCACAGCCCGUCAGCCCCGGCUUGUUGGGCCGGGCUGGCCCCAACACCCUGGCUUACCCCUAUGCCGCCUCGCCCCCUCACCUGCCCGUGGCGCAGGGCAGCUACUCGCCCAGCAGCCCGCAGCUCUACGGGGCUCCCAACAGACUGGCCCUGCCGGCCAUGCGGCCUCCGGCCUGUGCCGAGCACGGCGAGCAGCUCCUGGGGCUCUCGGCGUCACCCCUCGGCCAGUUCGGCUCCAGCAACACCUACAUGAGGCAGCCCAACUUCCCUGCUGGCCUGGAGCGGUACAUGUGAUGGGCUUGAGGGGGCUUGGCUGGACAUCCCCAGGCUCCCAGGAGCAUCUCUGGACAAGUGGACUUCUCCCUGCUGUGGGGGCCGGCUGGGGUAGAGUCAGGGCUCCCUGGCCUCUGGCUGUGUGCGGACACAGGUGUGGAAGAACUCAACUCCUCUCCUUCUCAGCUUGUUCUGGAGUGGAGGCAAGGUGAUCUAUUUUUCUGCCCCACCUCUGGCUGCAUCUGCCAGGCAGGGCUCCCCACGCUUGCCCUUCUGCACAGCCUGGCCCCGGGGAUGCUGUCUGCAGCAAUGCACCCCCAGGGUGAGGAGGAGCACAGCCAGGAGGUGGGUGCACAGUGUAAGGUGCAGGAACCCUCACAAAUGGGCUUUCUCCUCUCUCCCCCCGGUGCCUCCUGUGUAACUGGAAUGGAAGUUAUCCAAAAAUCCCACUAAACAAGUUCACUGGAUUUUAAAUGAAUAUUUAAGAUGUUUAUCAUUUUCUUUCCCUGUAGGAAAAGAAAUCCCAACUUGACUACUUCUUUUUACUAUUUUUAAAAAUUACCUCUAUUGUUAGAAAGGACUU